GAAAAACAUAACCUAGAAGAAGCACACUGGGCCUUGUUUGGUGAAACAAUGUCUCAGUGUAACCUUUCUCUGAUUUUUAAUAAUAUAGUCUUUGAAAAGUUCGUGGAACUGGAAGAGCUCACCAAAGAUUUGGUUAAACUUCGUUUCAUCACUAAUGACCUAGAAGAGAAGCUAAGAAUUAUGGAGGGUAAAUAUGAUGGUGUGGAAAUGGAAAAUUCAGAUCUCAAGGAGUUGGUGAAUAAUUUGGAGAAUGAGAUUGUAUCAGUUAAAUCUGCUAGUGAUCAAUUAAGAUGUGAAGUUGUGAGUGGAAAGGAUCUAUUGUGCCGUAAGAAAAAUGAGCUUUCAGAAGCAGAACAGAUAAUCAGUGCUAUAACCAAUGAGAAAACAGAGUUGCACAACUUUGUGGAGGAUCUGAAGAAUAAAUGUGAUGAGGCUAAAAUUAGGGAGGAAAUGUUGAGUUCUGAACUGCAAAAGGGGAGAGAUGAGACUGAACUGUGGGAGUCUCAGGCUGCCACUUUUUUUUCUGAACAGCAAAGCUCCUCCGUCUGUGAAGUGUUGUUUGAAGGCAAGAUUCGUGAGCUAAUUGAAGCAUGUGAGAGCCUUGAAGAUAGAAGUAAUUCCAAAGAUAUGAAGAUUGAAUUGCUGAAAGAUAGAAUUAGCACCUUGGAAUUCGAAAAUGGAGGACUACAAGCUCAGUUGGCUGCAUAUACCCCAGCUGUCAUCUCUUUCAAAAAUUGCAUAUCAUCUCUGGAGAAGCAUACUUUUUUCAAUUAUAAACCUCUCGCAGUUGAAAAUGAAGAAGCAAUGGAUGCUCAUUUAAUGACUCACCCUAUUGCUGAAAGCUAUCAACAAAGGGAUGAAGAUCAAAUUUCCAUGGAGCCGGAUGGAUUUUCAGACUUGCAGGAUGUGCAAAGAAGGAUCAAAGCUAUUGAAAAAGCAGUGGUAGAAGCAGAGAGGCUUGCGAUGCUGGAGCACCUUAACACGAAUGCCAAACUAGAGACUGCAUUGAGAGAGAUUGAAGAGUUAAAAUCUCAAAGCCGCUUGUCUCGAGAAUAUGUUGUAACAAGCAAGCAUAUUACUCCAUAUCAGGUCAAAGAGGAACUUGGGGACAGACACAGUAAUGAUCUAAAGCUGGGGAAACAGACACGUGAAAUCUCUGAAGCAAGGAAUGAAGUUCUGACUAAAGAUAUCAUGCUUGAUCAGGUAUCUGAUUGUUCAUCAUAUGGGAUAAGCAGGAGAGAAACUGUAGAGACUGAUCAGAUGCUUGAGUUAUGGGAAACCGCAAACCGGGAUGGCAGCAUUGACCUGAGGGUUGGCAAGUCUCAGAAGGCGGCCACUGCAAAACAUGCUCGCAAUCAGAUUGGAGCUGUCAAGGAACACAAGCAUUCGUAUCCCUAUUCAGAAUCAUCGUUUGAGAAGGAGUUAGGUGUGGACAAAUUAGAAAUCUCUGAUAGACAUACCGAGCCCAGUCAAGAAGGGAACAAGAGGAAGAUUUUAGAAAGACUUGAUUCAGAUGCCCAAAAGUUGACAAACCUUCAAAUCACCGUGGAAGACUUGAAGAGGAAGGUAGGGAUUACUGAGAAGAGCAAAAAGGGCAGAGGCAUUGAAUUUGAUACAGUUAAGGUGCAGCUGGAUGAAUCUGAGGAGUCCAUCAUGAAGUUGUUUGAUGUAAACCGCAAAUUGAUGAAGACAGUGGAAAACAGUUCCUUGUCCUUUGAUGGAAUUUCUGCAAUAGAGUCAGAUGAGAGUGGAAAUGCUAGGAGGAGAAAAAUUUCUGAACAGGCACGAAGAGGGUCUGACAAAAUUGGGCGCUUGCAGUUGGAGGUGCAGAAAGUACAGUUUCUUCUACUGAAACUCGAUGAUGACAAAGAAGGCAAAGGUAAAACAAGAAUCAGUGACCGAAAACCAAGAGUUCUGCUGAGAGAUUAUCUUUAUGGUGGGGUAAGAACCAGCCACAAGAGAAAGAAGGCGCCUUUUUGUGCAUGUGUCCAACCUCCAACUAAGGGGGAUUGAAGCAGUUUCAUUUUUUCGGCAAAUAAUCAGGAUAAAGUAAUGAGACUUUAGUUUGAUUUCUGUAGAGUUCCAUUCAUACAGGUGUUUUAGACCUACAUGUUUUUACAAUGUCUUAUAGAGAGGAUCAGGUCUUCUUUAGCUUAGAGACCCUGUAGUAAAUUUCAGGCCCCUUCUAAUUUUACAGAGGCUGCUCUCUUGGGAGCGUGGUUCAUCCCCGCUUCCUAUUAUAUUUUCUACCAUGCAUAAAUAAUCUGGGUGUAAAUGAAAAUAGUAUUUCUCUCAAGGUUGCUGAUGUUGUCUUGUGGAUUGAAUUUUAUGCAUUGCACAU